AUGUAACCUUAUAAAAAAGUUUGUGUAUAAGAAACAAAUAUACCCUAUUCAUUUAGUGAACAAGAUGAUAAAAUUGGAAUUGAUUAUUCAAAUUUCAUUUAACAAAUGGAAGGUCCUUACAAUUAGCUUUAUGAACCUAUAGAUAAAUAGUGCAUAGGAGCAGGAGGAUAGGGUUGUGUAAUUAAAGUGAGAUGUAAAUUGAAUAAUGAAGUUCGAGCUAUGAAAGUCAUAAAAAAAAUGAGUGAGGAUAAAAAUGAAAAUUUUAGAAAAGAAUUUCAAAACCUUAAGCUGUAUAUCAAUUUCUUAAUUUAGAUUAGAUCAUCCUAAUAUAUUAAAGCUUUAUCAUAGUUUUGAGGAUGAUUAGAGAUUUUACAUUAUUUCGGAACUCUGUGAAGGAGGAACCUUAUCUCAAUAUAUUGAAGACCUUUACCCACUUAAGGAAGCUGAAGUGCUUAAAAUUAUGAAGUAAUUAAUUGGUUCCAUAAAUUUUGCUCAUAAGAAGAAUUUAGUUCAUAGAGAUAUCAAACCAGAUAAUAUUCUAAUUGAUGAUGAAGUGACUACAUCAAUAAAACUCAUAGAUUGGGGUUUUUCAGGAAUGAUUUAAAAAUAUGAAAAAUUAAGUCUUAAAUGUGGUACUAUUCAUUUUGUGGCUCCUGAAGUAAUGGAGGAAUCUUAUGAUUAAAAAUGUGAUAUAUGGUCUUGUGGAGUAGUACUUUAUAUUUUAUUAUGCAAUGAUCCUCCUUUUUAAGGGACUGAUUCAAAUGAAAUUUUAUUUAACAUAAAAAAUCAAAGUAUAGAAUUUAGGUAAUUUAUAUAUUUGAUUAGAGAUAUUAAUCUUGGAAAUAAUAUAGUACUUUAGUUAAGGAUUUAUUAAAAAGAAUGUUGGAGAAAAAUCCAGAAUUGAGACCAAAUGCAUAAUAGGUUCUUGAGGAUCCAUGGUUUGAAAGGUAUAAUAGUAAAAUAUUAAAUUAGCCAUUCAUCUGAAUAAAUACUUUCAUAGGAUUUUAAGGAGAGUAUGAUAUAAUUUAAUGGAUAUACUGAAGGUUAGGAUAAUAAUUUAAAAUAAAGCAGAUUUUUAUAAGCCAUAGUUUUAUUUAUUGCCACUGAAUUAGUUCAUAAGGAUGAUAAAAAAGUGUUGAAUCGAAUAUUUCGAAAGAUUGAUAAGGAUAAUAAUGGUAUUAUAAAUUAUAUAAAAUCAUUAGGAACAAUCUCAAAAGAAGAACUUAAAUGUGCAUUAUUAUAAAUAUAUUCAAAAAAUUAAGUAGAUGAUAAAGUUGAUAAAAUAUUUGAUUUUUUGGAUGUUAAUUAAAGUGGAUCUUUAGAUUUUAGUGAAUUUGUAGCUGCAACUUGUAAAUUAUCAGAUAUUGAUGGUAUAUUAUUAAUUAAGUAAUAAAGAUAAAAUAAGAGUGGCAUUUGAUGUAUUAGAUAAGAAUAAAGAUGGAUGUAUUACUCUAGAUGAAUUAUUUAAAUUUAUUGGAAGAGAAGAUUAUGAUAAUGAUUGUAAAGAAAUCUUUAAUUAAUUUGAUCAGAAUGGAGAUGAAAAGAUAAGUUUUGUUGAAUUUUCUUAGGUUGUUUAAAAAUACGUUAAUUUAUGUAAAUAGAUUAAAUAUUGA